ACAUUAAGCUUGAAUUUUCUGAAGUGCCCUUCUUCCAGAGCAUACAGUACUGAAAUGUCUUGCCUGAAGCACAUUUAACCUCUUUUUGCAGUGGUCGUAUGAACAGCAGUGUAUGGAAUGAAAACAUUGAACUGACAUUUCUAGAAAACAGACAUCAUGUGUGCCAUCCUUUGGGAAUAUUUGUUUGCCUCUCUGAAGGUUUCAUAAAUUGUGACAGUCAAUUCACUGUAUUCCAGUAGUCCUUGCAAGCUGUUCAUUUCAAAAAUAAAACAUUAAAUUCCAAGAAUUCAAAGUCUCCAAGCAACCAAACCCAGCAAACAAAACUAUUGUACAUGAUAUUUACAUCUUUGUUGCCUGGGAAUCCUGUUGCUGCUCCACACCUCACUCCAAACACUUGCUAAAAGCAUGCAAUGGUUUUUGCAGCUGCCUUGCAGUUUAGGAAAGAUCAAGUCACAGACAUGUGGGUCAGAGAGCUGUGAUUCCUGAGUGGCUGAGGCAGCCAUGAGUAGUCGAGAGGUGGUCGUUCUGAGUGUGGGAGGUGUGAGAUUUGUAACCCGGGCUUCCACCUUGCAGCAGUUCCCCGAGUCCAGGCUGGCACGGAUGGUGAAUGACGAUGACCGGGAAUUUAAACUGGUGAAUGGAGAGUUUUUUGUGGACAGAGAUGGAACUUUGUUUAGUUACAUCAUGGACUUCUUGAGGACUCUCCAGGUGUCCUUACCAACUGAUUUCUCAGACUAUCAGAGGCUGCAGAGAGAAGCAGAAUUCUAUGGACUCUACCCCCUGGCCAACCUCCUGAGCCAAGAACAUUUGCUGAAGCCAAGGCUGGAGAUCUUGGAAGUGCGUUUUUCUCUCCAAGAAAUGCAGGCCUUUUUCCGGAUCUUUGGUUCCUGCAGUACCACCAUUGAUGCACUAGCUGAGCAGAUCACUGUGUUUACAGGGCAGCAGCCAGGACAGGGCUGGAACAGCCCUUUUCCUUCCCAGAAACCACUUGUUCCGCUUCCUUUGGAAAGACCCUCACAUCAUGAUAUGGUUUUUCUGUGUGGUACUGAGUAUUCUGCUGGUGACCAGUUCGUGGCCAGGUAUGUUUCCAUAAAGCCUGAUAAGAGAAAGCUGAUUAAUGGCACUAACGUGCUAGGCCUGCUGCUUGACACUUUACUCAAAGAUGGAUUUCGCCUCAUAAGCACCAGGACAGCCGGCAGUGAAGAGAAGGUUGAAUGCUACACUUUUGAAAGGAUGAAGAGGGCACCAGGCCUUGCCAUCAUGGUGAACCAAACCCCAGGGAGCUCUGGGGUAGCACAGGCAAGGAGAAGCCAAGUACAGAAAGGGAAAUAAGGGCUUUUGCUUCCAUCUUUUGAAUGUAGAAGAGGGAUGUGUCAGCACUAGUGACCUUUUUUUUGUUAUUUUGGCUUGUUUGAAACUGCAGCUAUUGAAGGAACCAACACAUUUUCUUUCAAAUAUUUAUGGGGAAAAAUUACUUUCUUGCCUUUUACUGCUCUACCCUCUUUAAGUAAAAGAAGCCCAGAUUCAAUACUGGGUUUGUGGAUCAGAUUUCAGCAAUUCCGAGAGUUGUUUUUGUUUUUUCUCUGUGGCUAAAAUUUACAUGAGGACUCACAAAGCAUCAGCCAUCCCUCCCAGAAAAUUGUUUUUAUGUUCUGUGCUAAUCUGCAAAUAGCUAUUAAAAACAUGGUAAUACAUGAAGAUGAUGCAGCUGUCAUCCCAACAGUUGGAAGUGGCUGGAGGAGGAAUGCAAGCCCCAAUGAUUGAUUAGUGCUUCCACUCACUGACUCUCUUGCACUUGGCUGAGAACAGUGUAAGGGGAACAUCCCGAGCUGUGCUGCUGUGUGGCUUUGUGAAAGCCAUCACUGAGGUCUGUGUGACUGUCUCUUGUCCUCUCCUCCCAUCUGGUGGCAUUAAGAUGCUCUUUGGUUCUGAGAAUUAAAUUAUAAAGAUCUUUGUGAACAGAAGGUCAGUUAAUUUUUAGUGCUUUCACCACAAAAAGGAGGAAAAUGUGAUGAAUAGCCCUUCACAUGAAAGAGUUUGUACAGUUUCAAACAAAACAGUGCAAAGGAUUUUUUAGUACUUGUUAAGUACAACACUGUUAGAAGGCUUAGCAGAAGUGGCUUUAAGAGCCUUGUUAGUCCUGUCAAACCUUUGUAAAGAUGAAAAAAUUUGCUCAGGUACUGAGAGAGGUAAUGAAGCUUUAUAAAUUAAGAAUCUUUUGUCCUUCCAUCAAGGCAGGGAAGAUACAACUAACGAAUCCCUGAAGUUACUGCUAUCUCAGUUUUGUUGCUGGUAAAACACAGAAUUCACAGAAUCACAAGGUUGGAAGAGACCUUAAAGAUCAUCGAGUCCAACCCGUGCCCCAACACCUCAGCUCAACCAUGGCAUCAAGUGCCACAUUCAGUCAUCCAGUCUGUUUUUAAACACAUCCAGGUAUGGUGACCACCACCUCCCCAGGCAGACCAUUCCAGAACUUUAUGAGUCUUUCUGUGAAGAACUUUUUCCUAAUAUCCAACCUAUAUUUUCUUUGUCGCAGCUUGAGACUGCACCAUCUUCCCAAGGCUUCGAACAGCCCAGGAGAACCACUUUGGGCUUUCUUGGCUGACCAAUUAGAUCUGGCUUUUCAUUAGUUUUAAAAUGUGCAUGCAUUACUUUAUUGGCAGCACUUGAUAAGGGGUGUGGGACUCAGCCAAAUGUUUCUUGCCCUAAGGAGUUUCAGUAAAAUGCAUCUUUCCAGACUGGAAAGAGGUGCCACUAUGGGACAUGUCUUUUCUUUGGCUACUGCUCUGGGACAUUUCAGCUUGACCCAAGUUCAGAAGCUCAGUGAGAUCCUCUUUGCUUGUUUUAGAGCUGUUUGAAUUAAGAAUAAUAUGAUUAUAGGACUACAUCUCCCAUGCUGCUUACAGGUUAUGUAGUAAAUGUAAGAGUGAAUGAUUCUACUUCAAAUGGGAUUUUUUUGGUCAGUAAUGUCAAUGUGUUCAUAUUUCUCUUGAAGUAAGAUAUUUCUUACAGUGAGAGCCAUCAUUUGCUGAACAACAUUCCCACAGAUGUGGUGGAGUCUCCCUUGUUAGAAAUUUUGAAGAGGAUGCUAAAUGUCUUUAUGGAGGCUCUGUGUCACAUGAAAGGCUGGACCAGAUGAUCUUUGAGUUCCCUUCCAGCCUGUCCCCACUAGUUGCUGUGCUGCUUGUUUGGAAAAGAUAAUGUUGAUUACUGGGACAGUUACUGGCCGUGGAUAUUGUAGGUGGAGGGACUGGCCAAUGUAAAGCACAAGACCAAAAAAAAAGCAAAUCCUUACAGGGAAAGCUUAAAAAAUAGACUUGAGGCUGUAUUUAGACAUUAUGCCCUAAAUGAUCACCAAUAGCAGUGACGUAAGCUGAGACAAGUUUCAGAACCCUUCAUAGUAACAAUUACACUGUUUCACCUACCACAAAAGUAGGGACUUUGUUUUCCUUGCUGCAGUAGCCACUUUGAAAAUCAGUUUGGAGUCCAAUUUUUUUUUUUUAAAUAAAGUGAAAGAAAAGACAAAAUACUUCAAUUUUUAAAGAGCCCCAAAGUUUUUACCUAUGCCAUCAUUCAUGUUCCAUGUCUUUGGCAAAAUGAACGUUUGAUACAACCAUUUCAAUAACAUUUUAUGAUGAGCUGAACACAUAGGUUAAUUUUUAUGUAGCACAGCAUCAUUCUAUGAAUGCAGUAUUUGGCUCUGGAAAAUAUCCCAGUGCAAGUUGCUGUCAUGUAAAGAACCAUAUGUGCUUUACCUCGCCCUUGGGUAAGUGUGCUGUGAUUCUGUGCUGCUUUUGGAAGCAAAGCACAUGACCAUCAACAAGCUUGUGUUCCCAGAGUUCUUUAGCAUUUAUUCUUACUUAGCUCUGAACUGAGAAGUGUCACCUUCUGUCAUUUUGUGUUCCUGCAGAGAACAUGAUUAGGCUCUUACACUGUGCUUUCACUUUGUUGGGGUUUUUGUUUGUUUGGUUUUUUAACUAAUAGUUCCUUAAACAAGUUUGAGAGCAUGUGUGUGAACAACAUGAUAGAAAUCUGUUGAAUGUGUCUGACUGAUACCAGUAGGAUACUCAUGACUUCAACGGAAGAUUGAUGGAAUAAAUUAAUUGAAUUGAAGCUGGUUCUUCAAGGAGAGCACCUUACUGGAUUUCUUUACACAGAAAAAGGAAGCAGGGAUGAUAGAGCUACAGGUGUUGUGUAGCUUCAAGCAACAACUAAAUGGCAGUACUUGUGGAGGUACAGAUGAAAUUAUGUUUAUUUGCAGACAAAUUAAUAUAAAAAUAGCACUGAUUUACUAGGAGGAUCUUCAGCUGGCCUCCACCUUGUGAGGUUAUUUAUGUUACUGUAAAGUGUUGCUGAGUCAGGAUGGCAAAUUUUCUGUGCCCUCUUUGAAGUGGUAUGCAGUGUAACCUGCAGGCACCAAGGCAGGAAUUUAGAAAUAGUGACCAAUGUUUUUACUGCUCCUUCACCUCUGAAGCCCCAAACAAGCAGGGAUGCAGCAGAGAGCAGACUGUGUGGUGUGUGCUCAGCACAGUUAUUCACUCAAAAGGGAACAGCUGUACAAGUGAAUUUUGCUGAUAGGAACUAUGAGUCUGAGUGAUUUUAAAAGCUGUUUUGUCAAAACCAGAUUAUGUGCUAAACUGAGUACUUCCACCCAAACCUUGGCAGGCAAUUCAACUCUGGUAUCUCACAACACAAUCUUUGCUAGACUAGCAGUGUGUUGUAGGUGACUUGGUUGUACUUUCACAUGUGAGAACCAGAAGGUCUGAUAUCUCAUAUCUAGCUCUCUUUUUGAUUAAAUGGGAAUGGGAUUUUGAGACAUUUAGACUUUUAUUUUCCAAUAAAAGUAAUUUGUUAUCCCUGACAUAAUCCGCUUCUUCAAGUCAUUGCCAACUUUCUCAAGAGAAUUCCUUUAUUUCAUGUGAAGAUGCAAAAUUUGCCGAUUUCAGUAAACUACACUGCUGUAUUUGCAUUUUUAUUCUUCCCUGGAUUCAGCAGAAAUGUGCAAACUGUUCCACUGCCUGUGAUGUUAGAAAGGAACUGCCACAGUGCGGGGGCAGCCCCCUCGCUCACUCACAAUGAGCUCUCUGUGGCUUUGUAACAGGCAAACACACAGAGCCAUAGGGGAAAAAGAAACUGAAUGGUGAGGCAGCACCAUCAUCCUGUCCCACUCACAGGGACUGCAUGGCAUGGCAGAAGGAGAUCAUCCAAAAUGAGGUGAUAGCUUACGGGAUUUGCAAAAGGCAGACGAUUUACAAAGACAAUGCCUCAUUUGCUUUAUACUUUCUCAUCUCAAUCACUUUUCCCUCCUUUAUAAUUGGGUGUCAUCCUGUGUUUCCAUAUUCAAGAUUGUCAAGGGCUUUGCAAGUACACUUGUGAUGCUGGUUGGAUGUCCCAACAGGACAGAGGUACCACACACUUUUUCCAUGCCCCUGUUCUUGCACCAUGUAACUGUGCUGACUUCCUUUUCUAGUGAUGACUGACAUUUUGUGUGCUUUUAAGUAACUUUUUGCCUGCUUCUUCACACACUUGGAAGUCUCUCGUGUCGUACUUAUCCUUUCAGGGACAUGUCAUUUACUUACCACUUGAAUUGUUCAGUAUCCUGCUGAUACCAGGAAGGACAGAGUCUAUUGUGAAAUACCUUCUUGUUCUGGGUUUUGAUUUCAAUGGCAGUUCAUGAGGGUUUUUGUUUUCUUUGGGAAGUGCAGUCACUGCAUUCUUAUAGGUUCUGCAGUCAGCACUCAUGUGAUUGUAUAACUGAUUAAGAAUAGAUGUUUAAAUAAAGCUCUAUAAAUUGAUACAAUAGACUAAGAUACUAUUUAGAUUAAGACUGAUCUCUGUGCUGGCCAUAGUACUGGGGAGUUUUCCCCUUUACUAAAUAACUCCAAACCAUUUAUCACUUACCUUCAUAAUUGAUUUUCAUGGAAGUAGUAGAAGAUCCUCCCUACAAUGCUGCAUAUGAGGAAUUGAUAGCCAUAGGGCAAAACAAUGAUGCUGGAGUAACUGCAUCAUGCCCAAUGAUAGUAACUUCUGUUAACUUUGGAGAAACUUUUCUGCCUAGUGAACUCCUCCCAGUUUCUACCUAUUUGUUUGGUUUCCAGCUUUCCAAUGCUCAAAAAUAACUCCCUUAAUCUGACCUGAGCAAGGCUGAUGUGCCACUCAGUCUCUUGAGUGGGUAAGUCUCAGGUACAUCCAGCAUAACCUGGCUGAUAUUUUGUUUUGAUCCACAGAUUAAUUCGGUACCAGAAAGCCACCAGAGUGGAUCAAAAGCCCUGUUUGAGUUCACAUGAAGAGUUCAUAACUUUGAAUUUAUUUUUUUUUUAAUUUGUUCCUAGAUUACUGGAAAGUGUUACUAAAUAUUCAUUGAGAAACAAGCUGGGAAUUAUCCAAGAAGAGGAGGGAGGCUCACUGCCUCUUGCUCCUUCGCUCUGAUUUGUGCUGAACUAUUGCCAAGCUUUAACUUUACAAGGUUUAUUUUUAUCGAUUUUCAACAAUAAACACUGGGAGUAUCUUCAAUAAAAGAUUUACAGUGCAUCAUGAAUAAAUACAACUCCCUACCACAUAUUAUAUUGAUCUAUUCCCAAAUGCUACUGAAAUAGCCUAUAAAACCCCAAAUGAAGUAAAGUGAUGGAGAACUUCCUCUCUCUAGUGACAGAUGCAUAUGACUGUUAUGUCUUCAGAAGACAAUAAAAAGGAAGGGAGUGACUCUGCUUCUUUGACCAUAUCUUCAACAGCCCAGUUAAGUCUGUCAACUCAAUGUAAUCCACAUAAAUAACGAAUUUGGGAACCAAGGGAACUGCUAGUGUGUCUGAAGAUUCCCAUUCUUUGAAGCUGUCUCUCCUGCUGCAGUCAGACCAUAAUUAGUCACAGAAGGCCUUGUUGUAACUAGUAAAUGGAUGGACCAACAAUGAUUUGAAUAGUCUGGGUCUGGCUGAAUAUAUGCCUGGAGCCCUGAAUAUUCUCAAAUGGGUGGGUGAGAUGUAAAUCACUAGUCAUCUUAUAAAAUACAAAUAAAUCUGACUUCUAUAUAAAAAAAUGAUGUCAGUUUUUUAGACCAUAAUGUAGUUUCUGCUGAAAUAACCUCCUGAAGUGUGAUCUGAAGUGUAAAUUUUUCCAAGAAUGCUUCUUCCGUUUCUACUCUGUUUUCAAUCUAAUGGAAUGGUUCAAUAAUUGGUGUCCUCUUUCUGGUCAGAAGGAUGAUGAAUGUAGCCCUAAAGGUUGGAAACUAAUGUGUACAAGUCUGCUGUAGAAAAUUAAUUUAGGGCUUUGCUUUCUAAGCAAGUUACUGUUACAGCAGUCAGCUGAGUGCUUGCUGAAACUGUGAAGAAUUAAACAUUGCAACAUUGUUCCAUCCUGACUCUCCACUGGAAAAAAAAGGCAAUAGAUUGGAAACAUCAAGUCUGGGGUUUUACUGGUACUUUGGAGUCAGGAACUGAGUUUUCUUUGAAUUUCAAAGGCAGUUUGUAGCUUUCAUUGAGGGCCUUCUGAAAAGGCUGGUUUAUGGUUUUUGUUUUUGUUCCCCCAGUGAUAUCUAAACUGAGUAAUAAAAUAAUUGCUGGCAUACCGGUUUAUUUACAAUGUUGUAUUCAACAAUAAACAGAAGGCAUGCUGAUCCUUCCAUCCUUUAAUCUUUGUGUUUUUACUAUGUCUUCAGCGUGCUCCUCAGCUGGGUCCUGGUAGAACAGAGGAAGGGGCUACAUGGUAAGGGCAGGCAGACAUCCACAGAAGGCAGCCAACUCACUUCCUUCCCAUUACAGAGAGGAAGCAAAGGAAUAAAAUUAGGCUGGAAAGAGUAAUGGCCUUUGUGGGACCAAAAAGACACAACUUACU